GUGUCAGGCACCCAAUGCACAAAUAGCCUGGAGUCAGAAAGCAGCAACCCGGUCCUGUAAACUUACUACGUAGAUCCCGAAACACUGAAACGGCUGGUAUCCGCCUGGCGCCAUCUCUCGCACCCAAAGGAAACUGACCAGCAUCCCGGGGAAACGAGCCGCCGACCCGCAUGUAAUGCACGAAACGAUUCCUCUCCAACCGAUCAGCCUUUCCGCCACAACCCCAACUGCUUCGUGCAGCGCCAGCUCAAACACGGACCACACGGCGACCUUCACAGCGACCUAAAUAUCCACCCCAACUUCCCCUCUCGAUAUCAGCUCUCAACGAUGGGUCACUCAUGGCGGGACCGCAAUAUCGAAAACGACAGCGCGCCAACGAGCCCUCGCAGCAAGACACGAAGCGUAAAAAAAGGCAACGCGCUGACGAGCCUGCGCAAGACGACCAUCAGAGAAAGAGGCCUAGACCGGCAGUUGAACAUCCCAACCCUUGGCAGUAUCCGCCCGAGUUCUGGGACAGAUUGUCCAAGGUCCCUCUCAUCCACAGCGCCGUAGAAGAACUCGAAAGGCGCACCUGUACUCGACCUUCCUAUCCUGCGCCUCCAACAAGGUUUGCCCAAGACGUUACGCCCACUGCCGUUAGAGAGCUUGCACAAUUUGCGAGACACGGUGGUCCGGACUUACGUGAUCUUCGAGGGUAUCCUCCCGCGACAAGCAACAAACAACCCGCCGGCGCCAUGAGCUCCUCCUCACGAAGCCGAGCGACCAAGUCGACCGAUCCAACAACUCUCCCAAUAACCUCAGGCACGACCACGACCAAGAAGUCAACAACCCCUUAUAACCGCGGCUUUGAACAGCAUUUGACCGACCAUACUAUCCACCCGACUUGGAAAUCACGAAAGCCAGACUUAGAGUACACAAGGGCGGCACUAGCAGCCCCACGGCCGUCACUCUCGCCCUCGAAGUUCUCUGGCAAGGCAUUUGAGACCUCUCAGGACAGCAAUGCUCAGGCCAAGGAUGAGGACGAUGUGAAGGCAUAUGUAGUUCCGACCAUCAUCGGCGCAAGGCAAACAGAUCACCCGUCCGCCAUGAACACGCUAUUCGGGAAUCUCGACCCGCUUACGGACGGUACUCUAGCCCCGGCGAAUCCGGACCUUUACUACGGUGCGUAUCCUGAAGAACUCGACCGAUCGAUCCGCGAUGAGCUUGCUGGCCACAUCACCCCGUCAACCAUGGUGGACAAGCCGAUGGCGCCGAAUUUCUUCCUGGAAGUCAAAGGCCCAGAUGGCAGUGCAGCUGUGGCAACACGACAAGCUCGCUACGACGGCGCAAUCGGAUCUCGCGGUAUACACAGUCUGCAGAGCUACGGCAUGGAGGAGCCACAGUACGACGGCCAGGCCUACACCUUCAGCUCAACAUACCACGAUGGUUACCUCAAGCUGUACGCCCACCACAUCACGGCGCCGACGAUCGAGGGAGGACGGCCUGAGUAUCAUAUGACCCAGCUUAGGUCAUUUGGUAUGACGGACACUCGUGAAACGUUUAUCCAGGGAGCCACCGCAUUCAGGAAUGCCAGGGACUUGGCGAAACGACACCGGGACAGCUUCAUCGAAGCGGCGAACGCUAGAGCCCCCCAACUAAGAACGGCAGUCCCGGAAGAACCCCUCGAGGCAUAUGAGGAAGCCUCAAGCCCUCAUUGCCGACGCCAGCCAUUACUCGGAAAACAAUAGCGAGGAGACUCCUAUUCCCCACUAUCUCUACGCGGAUGCCGAUUCACAAGAGCCAAGCCAGGAAUUGGAAGUGCUGGGCUUUGAUGACCCAAGUUUUGCGUCGAGCUUCACUUCAAGCUUCAGCACCGCCAAGCGCCCUAGGCAAUCACUCAGUCCGCCCUCCAAUUCGAGAAGGAGUCGGUCGUCCAAGAGUCAGAAGCGGCCGAAUACAGCUCGACGAACUGCUGAGUCAUCCACAUCCGCUACAGGGUCGGUGCGGCCGGGUUCAAGCGAGUCCCAUUGGGUAGAGACGUAUGGGCGCAACGGAAAGGUAUACUUUACGAUUGCAGAGGGCAAGGAAGUCAAGACCGACACCA